AUGGAAGUUGGUAAUCGGCAACCGUACGGAUUGUCCAUGGCUGGGAAUAAAAACGUUGCGAACAAAUUUCUAGAGAAAACCGGCCUGCUACAUUCGGCCAAACAAAUGAAAAACAAAUUUGACAACUUGAAGAAAGAUUGGGUAGCAUGGAAGAAGUUGGAGAAUGCCAGCCACGGCUUGACAGGGCUUGGAUACGACCAUGAGAUGGGCUUGUUCACUGCACUUGACCAUUGGUGGGCCAAAAUACAAGCGAUGAACAAUCGAUGUGCUAAGUUCAAGAGUAAGCCUCUAGAGCACUUGGACCUUAUGGAGAAGGUGUACUCUGGUGCAGCAGCGACUAGGAAACAUGCAUGGACUCCAACAGAAGUGCGCGAUGAUGCUGCUGCUGCGACCAAUGCCAACGAGGAUAGCGGGAUGGGACCUCUCAGUGCGGGCACACCACCACAGUCAGGCCAUGACACUGUCAGGGAAAAUGUGGUGGAUAGUAGCCUCUUUGACGAUGCUCCCCCCCAGUUAGCCAUGGAUGGAUCAACCAAUGCAAAAAGUCGCAAACGGCCAAUGCCUGGUAUUGUCGCUAGUAGUAUGGACAAUCUCGUGGAAGUAGUGAGCAAACAAAGCCGGGAGCUAAAAAUUACGCAAUACGUUGUCACUGGUAAAGGUAACAACACUGUGGGGGAUUGUCUUGCAAGGCUUAUGAGCACGCCUGGAUUGGAGCCCGGCGAUAAGUUGUUCUUAUUCGCAUGCGGCAUAAUGGAUUCACCCGAUAAUCGAGACAUCAUCAUGGCCCUCCCCGUGAAUUACAUUGUCAAUUGGUUGAUAGAGAAGCGUGCUUGCACGCCGGCCAAUGUUGGCAGGGAUAGUGAACGGGGGACACAACUAUUUGGGAGUGGUGGUGCUGUUGACUUGGACUAG